GUGCCUCCCCGCGGGAGGGCAGAGUGGGGCCGAGACGGCAACGGGAGCCCUUUCCGCGGGAGGCUGCCCUGGGCUACCCCACGCCGUAUCCUCGUGGACUUUUGGCCGGGAGACCUCGGCCAGAGCCCGGCCUGGCGGAGCGGAGCAGCCCGCGGUCUGCACCCGGCGUGGGCUUGCAGCCCGCGCGUCCGGGGGGUGGCCUCGAGCCGGCCGGGGCUGUGCAGGGUCGGCCCUGCUUGGAGGAAGCGGGGGUCGCUCUCGGAACACUGCCGGCCUCUGCCAGAGAUUGGUGCCAGAGCCGCGCUUUGGCUAAGAAUUGCUUAAAAAGCUGCAGUUGAAGUUAGCUGUUCAGAGCUGUGGGGGAUUUUUGAGAUGCUUUUGGGAACUCGGGCUACCGUAGCCAGCUAAAUGUAAGCACUUUAAGUGGCGAGCUGAACACUGACUUGUGUGGAAGUUAACUUCAGAUUUGAGUUUUGGCGAAAUUCCGCUCUUCUAAGUCUCCCUGCCUCACCUCUUAGGCAGUGACAGCAGCGGCGCCCAUUUGACUAAAAGCAGUUGCUAGUGAGACUUGAGAUAAGCUUCUCAAGAACAGGACUGGCGAACUCUUGUUCUUUUUAAAUUGUUUUCUUUCCUGUUUUUUUAAGGCUCUAGCACGAAAUAGUUAUGCCUAUUUGUAGGUUUUAAGAAAAAGAUCAUUCUCCUCCCACCCCAGUGUUGAGUUAGAAACGUCUCUUCUAAUGUUGUAGACCUCUAGCAGACAUAAUCGCAAUUAUCUCGUGCGUUUAGAGAAUAAAGUGUUCUACUUAAUUUACUGAGACGCAGGCUGAAAAUAUAACAAGACCUAUUGAAAAAUUUUCUUUUUUUCUUAAGUAGCCCAGGUUGGACUUGAACUUGAUUUUCCUGUCUCAGUCUCCCCUGUGCUGGGAUUGUCAUAGGCCACUGUGUCUGGCUGAAAAUUUUUCUUAAAUGGAUUAAACACUAAUUUUAUAAGAUAUGCAGUAUUUAAUCCUUUUUUGUUAAUUCAGAGUCAGUCAGCAUUAUGAAAAACCAUUAGUUUAUAAUUUUGGUUGCAUUAAGAUAUUUGUGUGUCCUUUAUUUAGUAGUCUUUUCUGCUUGAUGUGCUUUUCCCUAAAACUUUCUCCAAGCCAUUUGCAAGUUAUAGGCUUAAUCUGCUUUUGGUAGGGACAGCAUUUUAAGAAUUAUGCGGUGCAUGUAUAUUAAUGUGGCUUUUCUAAAUUGCCUAAGAAGUUCAGGCUUUUUCUGAGGCUUCACUUCUGGAGGACUUGUGUUAAGAUUGUGAUGGUUUGUCAUACCCCAGGGCCUGCGCACUCAUUCCUAGAGGAUGUGGUUUUAAUUGCUUAGUGUAUUUUUUAAUAGCAAAAGGUGUUUUAAUCUAAAAUAUUAUUUUUUGAAAAUAUUAAGUCAUUAAUGAACUUAAUAGUUCCAGGGAAGCUUUGAUUUUCUUAGGAAUUUGACCCAGUAUGUCACAGGAAAUGCAGAAAAACUGUGCUUUUCAAGAAUAUUUGAGAAGAACAUAUUAUAGGAACUUCUCGUUCUACUGGUUAUUAUCCGAAGUUAUUUAAUUCAAAGUAUACCCAGAGGCUGGAGGUUUUCAUAGGUUCACAUUAACAAAAGCACCAUGGAGUUUUAUGAGUCAACAUAUUUUGUUGUCCUUAUUCCUUUAGUAGUUAUUACAGUAAUUUUCCUCUUCUUCUGGCUUUUCAUGAAAGAAACAUUGUAUGAUGAUGUUCUUGCAAAGCACAAAAGAGAACAAAAGCUUGUUCCUACAAAAACAGACAAAAAGAAGGCAGAAAAGAAAAAGAAUAAAAAGAAAGAAAUCCAGAAUGGAUUUCAUGGAAUGCAUGAAUCUGAUUCUGAAAAUGUACCUCGAGACUUUAAAUUAUCUGAUGCUUUGGUUAUAGAAGAUGACCAAGUUGUACCUGUUCCAUUGAAUGGGGUUGAAACUUCAAGUAGUAUGAGGGAAAGAAAGAAGAAGGAAAAGAAACAAAAACCUUUUCUUGAAGAGCAGUUCAUCAAAGAAAGUGAUGUGUCAAAGAUUCCUGGCAAAAAAGUAGAACCUGUCCCAGUUACAAAACAGCCCACCCCGCCCUUUGAAUCAGCCAUCUCAAAGAAGAAAGCAGGGCAGAAGAAAUCUAAAAAUGGAAACGAUGACCAAGAUAAAAAGGUGGAGACUCUGAUUGCACCACUGAAAAAGCAAGAAGUACUACCAUUCCACCAAGAGACUAAACAUGAAAGUGGAUCAGGAAAAAAGAAAGUUUCAUCAAAGAAGCAGAAGACAGAAAAUGUCUUGGUAGAUGAACCCCUUCUUCGUGCAAGUACUUAUAUUCCUUUGAUGGAUAAUGCUAACUCAAGUCUUGUGGUGGAUAAGAGAGAAGUUAUUGAUCUCAGUAAACCUAACCAAAUAGAAGGGAUCCAGAAAUCUGGGUCUAAAAAACUGAAGAUGGAAACUGUCAAAGAAAAUGCUGAAGUGAAAUUUAAAGAUUUUCUUCUGUCCUUGAAGACCAUGAUGUUUUCUGAAGAUGAGGCCCUUUGUGUGGUAGACCUGCUGAAGGAAAAGUCUGGUGUGAUACAAGAGGUUUUAAAGAAGUCAAAUAAAGGAGAAUUGACUGCACUUCUGCAUCAGCUUCAGGAAAAGGACAAAUUGCUUGCUGGUGUGAAGGAAGAUGCUGCUGCUAUGAAAGAGCGGUGUAAGCAGUUAACCCAGGAAAUGAUGACAGAGAAAGAAAGAAGCAAUGUAGUUAUAGCAAAGAUGAAAGAUCGGAUUGGAACGUUAGAAAAGGAACAAAAUGUAUUUCAAAACAAAAUACAUGCCAGUUAUCAAGAGGCUCAACAGAUGCAGAUGAAGUUUCAGCAAGUUCGUGAGCAGAUGGAAGCAGAGAUAGCUCACUUGAAGCAGGAGAAUGGUAUACUGAGAGAUGCUGUCAGCAACACUACAAAUCAACUGGAAAGCAAGCAGUCUGCAGAACUAAAUAAACUGCGCCAGGAUUAUGCUAGGUUGGUGAAUGAGCUGACUGAAAAAACAGGGAAGCUCCAACAGGAGGAGGGCCAAAGGAAGAAUGCUGAGCAAGCAGUUACUCAGUUGAAGGUUCAACUCCAAGAAGCUGAGAGCAAGUGGGAAGAAGUUCAAACCUACAUCAGGAAAAGAACGGCAGAACAUGAGACAGCACAGCAAGAUUUACAGAGUAAAUGUGUGGCCAAAGAAAAUGAAGUGCAGAGCCUGCAUAGUAAACUUACAGAUGCCUUGGUAUCCAAACAACAGUUGGAGCAAAGAUUAAUGCAGUUCAUGGAAUCAGAGCAAAAAAGGGUGAACAAGGAAGAGUCCCUACAAAUGCAAGUUCAGGAUGUUUUGGAGCAGAAUGAGGCCCUGAAAGCACAAAUUCAACAGUUUCAUUCCCAGAUAGCUGCCCAGACCUCCGCUUCAGUUCUAGCAGAAGAAUUACAUAAAGUGAUUGCAGAAAAGGAUAAGCAGAUAAAACAAACUGAAGAUUCCCUAGCAAGUGAACAUGAUCAUUUAACUAGUAAAGAGGAGGAACUUAAGGAUAUACAGAAUAUGAAUUUCUUAUUAAAAGCUGAAGUGCAAAAAUUACAGGCUCUGGCAAAUGAGAAGGCUGCUGCAGCACAUGAAUUGGAGAAGAUACAAAAAAGUAUUCAUGUUAAGGAUGAUAAAAUAAGAUUGCUCGAAGAUAAGUUACAAUGUGAAAUUUCAAACAAAAUGGAGGAAUUUAAGAUUCUACAUGACCAAAACAAAGCAUUAAAAUUAGAAGUUCAAAGACUGCAGACUUUUAUAUCUGAACAGCCCAGUAAAGAUACUGUGGAACAAAUGGAAAAAUGCAUUCAAGAAAAAGAGGAGAAGUUAAAGACUGUCGAAGAAUUACUUGAAACUGGACUUAUUCAGGUGGCCAACAGAGAGGAGGAACUGAAUGCCAUAAGAACAGAAAAUUCGUCUCUGACAAAAGAAGUUCAAGACUUAAAGGCUAAGCAAAAUGAUCAAGUUUCUUUUGCUUCUCUAGUUGAAGAACUGAAGAAAGUGAUCCAUGAGAAAGAUGGAAAGAUCAAAUCUAUAGAAGAACUUUUGGAAGUUGAACUUCUCAAAGUUGCUAAUAAGGAGAAAACUGUUCAGGAUUUGAAACAGGAAAUAGAGGCUCUAAAAGAAGAACUAGGAAAUGUCCAGCUUGAAAAGGCUCAACAGUUAUCGAUCACUUCUCAAGUUCAGGAGCUUCAGAACUUAGUAAAAGGAAAGGAGGAACAGAUGAAUACCAUGAAGGCUGUUUUAGAAGAGAAGGAGAAAGACCUAGCCAAUAGAGAGAAAUGGUUACAGGAUCUCCAAGAAGAAAAUGAAUUUUUAAAGGCUCACGUUCAAGAAGCACGACAUGACUUACAAGAGGCACAUUCUGCAUCACAAUUUGAAGAACUUGAAAUUGUGAUGAAAGAAAAGGAAAAUGAAAUGAAGAUAGUAGAAGCUAUGCUAAAAGAGAGGGAGAGUGAUCUUUCUAGCAAAACAAAGCUGUUACAGGAGGUGCAAGAUGAAAAUAAAUUAUUUAAAUCCCAGAUUGAGCAGUUUAAGCAACAGAAUUACCAACAGGCAUCUUUUCCUUCUCAUGAAGAAUUAUUAAAAGUAAUUUCAGAAAGAGAGAAAGAAAUAACUGGUCUCCAGAAUGAAUUAGAUUCUUUGAAGGAUGCUGUUGAACAUCAGAGGAAGAAAAACAAUGACCUUCGGGAGAAAAACUGGGAAGCAAUGGAAGCAUUGGCAUCAACUGAAAAAAUGCUGCAGGACAAAGUGAACACGACUUCCAAGGAAAGACAAUGUGUGGAAGCAGUUGAGUUGGAGGCUAAAGAAGUUCUUAAAAAAUUAUUUCCAAAGGUGUCUAUCCCUUCUAAUUUGAGUUACAGUGAAUGGUUGCAUGGAUUUGAAAAGAAAGCAAAAGAGUGUAUAGCUGGAAGUUCAGGUUCAGAAGAAGUUAAGGUUUUAGAGUAUAAGUUGAAAGAAGCUGAUGAAACACACACGCUAUUACAGCUGGAGUGUGAUACGUAUAAAUCAGUCCUUGCAGAAACAGAAGGAAUUUUACAGAAGCUACAGAAAAGUGUGGAGGAAGAGGAAAAUAAAUGGAAAGUUAAGGUGGAUGAAUUACAAAAGACAAUUAAGCAGCUGAGAAGAGAGCGAGAGCAUUUGGAAAUGGAACUAGAGAAGGCAGAAAUUGAGCGAUCUACUUACGUUACAGAAGUGAGAGAGCUGAAAGAUCUGUUGACUGAAUUGCAGAAAAAACUUGAUGAUUCAUAUUCUGAAGCAGUAAGACAGAAUGAAGAGCUAAAUUUGUUGAAGACACAGUUAAAUGAAACACUCACAAAACUUAAAACUGAACAAAGUGAAAGACAGAAGGUAGCUGGUGAUUUGGAUAAGGCGCAAGAGUCACUGGAUCUUAUCCAGUCAAAAAUAGUACAAGCUGCCGGAGAUACUACUGUUAUUGAAAAUAGUGAUGUUUCCCCAGAAAUGGAGUCUUCUGAAAAGGAGACAAUGUCUGUAAGUCUAAAUCAGACUAUAGCACAGUUACAGCAGUUGCUUCAGGCUGUAAACAAACAGCUCACAAAGGAGAAAUAACACUACCAGGUUUGGAGUGAAGUAAUUGGGAAACUUCAGUUGAGGACAGCAGAAGGCAUUGUAUUAUAUUUUGCCAAAUUAAAGCCUUAUUUAUGUUUUCACCCUUUCUAUGUCAGAAACACUGAACAGAGUUUUGUCUUUUCUAAUCUUGUUAGACUACUGAUUUAAAGAGAAAAAUUUAAAGAGAAACCAACUCUGUAGACACCUUCAGAAUUUAGUUUUAUAAUAAAAACUGUUUGAAUAAUUAGACCUUGACAUUCCUGAAGAUAAAUGUGUACUAUUUUACCUUGUUCAAUUCAAUUGUUCAGAAGAUCAAAGUGGUAAAGACAAUGUAAAAUUUCACAUUUUAAUACUGAUGUUGUACACUGUUUUACUUAACACUUUGGGGGAGUAACUGCCUCUGACAUCAACUCAAGACACUUUUGUUGCUAAAUGUAAUCAGUUUUUGUAAUGGCAGUCAGCAAAUAAAGGGAUGCUUAUUAUUCAAACUUGA